AUGAUGGAUCCUGACAACUGCACUUGGAACCAAAGUUUUAUCCUUGCUGGUCUCACUGCAACUAGAAUGAUACGAUCUCUUGCCUUUGUGGGGACCCUAUGCAUUUAUCUCCUCACCUUGACAGGGAACCUGUUAAUCAUUGUCCUGGUUAAAGCAGAUUCUGGACUGUCCACACCCAUGUACUUCUUCAUCAGUGUCCUCUCCUUCUUGGAGCUCUGGUAUGUCAGUACCACGGUACCCACACUGCUGCAUACCCUGCUCCAUGGGCGGUUCCCCAUCUUAUCUGUUGUGUGCUUCAUCCAGCUGUAUGUCUUCCAUUCCUUGGGCAUGACUGAGUGCUACCUGCUAGGGGUGAUGGCCUUGGACCGCUACCUUGCCAUUUGCCGCCCACUCCAUUACCAUGCACUGAUGAGCAGACAGGUCCAGUUAUGGCUAGCAGGGGCCUCGUGGGUGGCUGGAUUCUCAGCAGCACUUAUACCAGCCAGCCUCACAGCCACUCUUCCCUUCUGCUGGAAAGAGGUGGCCCAUUACUUUUGUGAUCUGGCACCUCUAAUGCGGUUGGCAUGUGUGGACACAAGCUGGCAUGCUCGAGUCCAUGGGACCGUGAUUGGUGUGGCCACUGGUUCCAAUUUUGUGCUCAUUCUGGGGCUCUAUGGGGGAAUCCUGAGAGCUGUGCUGAGGUUGCCUUCAGCUGCCAGCCGUGCCAAGGCUUUCUCAACCUGUUCUUCCCACAUGACUGUGGUAGCACUGUUCUACGGUUCUGCAUUCACAGUGUAUGUGGGUUCACCUGGGAGCAGACCUGAAGGCACAGAGAAGCUUAUUGCCUUAGUAUAUGCCCUUCUUACCCCCUUCCUCAAUCCCAUCAUCUAUACGCUGCGAAACAAGGAGGUGAAGGAGGCUGUGAAGAGAGUUGCUGAUAGAAUCAGGACUACUUGGAAGGGACUCUGA